CGUUUUAAGUAAUACUCUAAAAGUUAAAAUGCUUUUAGAAUAAAUUGUUAAUUUUGCUUCGUACAAUCUACCUAAAGUGUCUUUUUCGUAACAAAAUUAAAUAAUAAAUCAGUUUUUGAAACAAUUGCUCACAUAUUAAAAUCAUUUAAAGACAACCAUAACACGAAAUGCAAUCAAUACUUUAAAAAGUUAGAAUUGUUAUAAAUUGACACCAGCAAUGGCAACAAAAGAACGCUUCAAAAGAAUUUUUGUAUACUGCAUCAGAAAAACAUUAAAUUUUUCCGGCAUCCUUAAAAGUUGAGAUAUAAUAUUGCUAUCACUACAUCAGCUCUGCUGCUUUCUGCUUCUAUUAGAACGGCGUGCUUUUUUUCAGCUAUUAAAAAAAUAUCUUGUAAGACAGUGCAGAAUUAUGGGGAUAUACUAAUUGACUUGUAAAAUAUAUUGACUGCUGUACAAAGCAAGAUGUCAAUGAACGGUUUGGAUUCAACUAAAAGAAACGCCAUUCCUUACAGGUCGCUUCCGAAACUGGGCAGCGAGGACCUGGGCGGACCAGAUGGAAUUGCCAAUCGUCAACAACAGCAGCAACAACAGACGACCACAGGCUCGCCCUCCCCUGGCAACUUCGAACCCAUUCCUCAUGAUCACGACUUCUGUGAACGAGUCGUCAUCAACGUCUCUGGAUUGAGGUUCGAGACCCAGCUGCGGACGCUCAACCAGUUCCCCGAUAGCUUGCUUGGCGAUCCAACGAGGAGGAUACGUUACUUCGACCCCUUGCGCAACGAAUACUUCUUCGACCGCAACCGACCAAGCUUCGACGCUAUUCUCUACUAUUAUCAAAGUGGAGGACGGCUUCGGAGACCAGUCAACGUCCCUCUGGAUGUAUUUGCAGAGGAGAUCAAGUUCUAUGAACUUGGUGAAGUGACGUUCAAUAAGUUCCGCGAGGAUGAAGGUUUCAUCAAGGAAGAUGAGAAACCUCUGCCGAAGCAGGAGCUACAGAAAAAGAUGUGGCUCCUCUUCGAGUAUCCAGAAAGUUCCCAAGCUGCACGUGUGAUCGCUAUUAUAUCCGUUGUAGUUAUUUUACUGUCCAUAUUUAUCUUCUGCCUGGAGACGCUGCCCGAGUUCAAGCACUACAAACUUUUCAAUACGACCAAUAACAUGACUCGAGUCGUCGAAGACGAAGUACCCAAAACGACAGAUGCCUUCUUUAUCAUCGAGACGGCUUGUAUUGUAUGGUUCACCUUUGAAUUGCUGGUACGAUUCCUAGCGUGUCCCAACAAAAUAGCAUUUUUCAAAGAUGUGAUGAACAGUAUAGACUUGGUCGCUAUCAUUCCUUAUUUCAUAACUUUGGCGACAGUUGUGGCCGAGGCUAAAGCUCAAGAACUGCCCAUAAUCUCCGUGAACGAGAGGGCUAGUAAUAAUCAGGCAAUGUCGCUUGCCAUCCUUCGAGUUAUCCGUCUUGUACGGGUGUUCAGAAUUUUCAAGCUGUCCAGACACUCGAAGGGCCUGCAGAUUCUCGGUCGGACUCUGAAGGCCAGUAUGCGAGAGCUGGGCUUGCUCAUCUUUUUCCUUUUCAUAGGAGUGAUUCUGUUCUCGAGUGCCGUAUAUUAUGCGGAAGCGGAUUCAGAACGUUCUUACUUCAAAAGCAUUCCAGACGCCUUUUGGUGGGCAGUGGUCACAAUGACCACAGUAGGAUACGGUGAUAUGCGUCCAGUGGGCGUCUGGGGCAAAAUAGUAGGCUCCCUCUGUGCCAUUGCUGGUGUCCUCACAAUUGCGCUCCCCGUGCCAGUUAUAGUCUCCAAUUUCAAUUACUUCUACCAUCGCGAGACGGACCAAGAGGAGAUGCAGUCACAGAACUUCAAUCAUGUUACUAGUUGUCCCUAUUUACCUGGCACGGUAGGGACGAAACUUAAGCGUGACUCGCUUAGUGAAUCGACGUCAGACAUUAUGGAACUGGAAGAAGGAGGUGGUGACAACGCUGUCACUCCUGGUACGCCUUCUUCAGGAUUUAAACGAUCUAAUCCCGGCCACACAAAUAACAAUCAUACCUCGUCCGUCUCUGUGGCCGUGGAAACAGAUGUAUGAUUAUAAAUUCAUUCCGUCUACAUAAUGCUACGUAUUUCUGUUCCAAUUUGGAUUUCAUUUGCAAAACAUUUCAGAAAAGAAGCCAAUUCUGGUUUCACAUCUGAGAACAAAUCUUUCCUGAAUAUACACAACUGAUCAAAGUGAUGACUUCUUUUUCCUUAUCAUUAAACCAGUGACCUAUGUGCCAAUGGACUCUCUGACAAUUCUUGGCUCCACUGUGUACAGAAAGACAUUUGCAGAUGCUUUUUAUCACAAAUAUCCAUUCAUCUCACAUGUUUAAUUUCAUUAACUUAUUUUUUCUACAGACGCGAAAAAAACAACGCCGGAAUACAAAGCGAAAUGGCUUCUAUUGUUACUACUGAGUAGUUAUGAUCCAUGUCCUAACAUUUCAUAUAGCAUUUGCGUUUGCUUUUCGUUAGUCAACAACCAAACGAAGCUUACCAGAGUUCCAAAAGAAUCGUUAAAAUCAAAUAGCACAUGAAAUUAACAUAGUUUGAAUCGGAAAAUUCCAUUAUAAUGAAAAAUUCCAUUAAACGAACGUGCAAAGCAAGUACUUCGCAAUCGUUUCAUCGAUUGAUGUUCGUAAAAAUAUUGCUAUAAACGAAAACCAAACGCAAAUGUCGUCAUCCUUUCAUGACGUGCUUUUGUACAUAGGACCUUAAAACCUCAAGAGUGUCUUCAAGUGAGUGAUUCGUACAGAGCUGUAUAUCUCCACAAAACUGUGACGUCGAACUUAACUAGCACAAAUCAACCAAUUCCAAAAAUGAAUCACAAAUGGAUGCAGUGAAUUUAUUUCACUUCAAGAUUCCAGUGAAACUAGUCGAAGAAGCAAGAACUGAAACAAAGUAAACUCAUUUUGCCUGGAAAAGGCAAAUUAAGGAGCUAUUUAAAUAGACUAUUUAAAUAUAAAUAUAUAUAUAUAUACUUUACCAAUUGAGAGAUCACCUAAAAUUUCUUCUUCAAACUAAGCUAAGUCCUGUAUUUUGAAAACAAUAGCUGCGUUUCCACACUUGGCUGAUUAAUACUUUACCACCCUUUUUAAUCAUCCACCUCACAAAAGCAAUAUUUCCUUCAAAUCUUUUUAUACAUCUUUAACGAUGUCUAAUCUAAUAUCUUUUACAACAUUUUCUAAUUUUUAAAAACUUUAUUAAAAAUCCGGUUAUGGUUCAAGACAGAGGCUAAAAUAAGGUAGACUUUAUUUUCAUGAAAUAUUAACCCAUUAAUGUCUUGUGUCCCUUUUUUAGGGUCAAUACUAAAAAGUGUAUAAGCUCACCAGAAUUUGUUGACAUGAAAUGUUUUUCCAAGACAGUUACGGUUCAAGACAAAAAGUAAAAUUUAACAGAAUUAGUAGAUUCCUCAUAUUAUACAAUAUCAACCCUUUUAAUACGUCACAGUACGAAAAUUGCGUCAUGGGUCCACAUGAUUUUUUUUUCCACAGAAAUUACUAUCAAGCAAACAUUUCUUUCAAUUUUUAUUAUUAAGUACAUAUCAAGAGUUGGGUUAAUAAUAAAUUUAUUUUCUAGCUUUCCGCACAGGGUAUUUUUUAUGAUUUUUCAGGCAUUGACUUGACGUUUAAUAUUAAGAUACAAAAUGUUGCUUAAAAAAAAAAUAAGAGCUGAGCAUUAAUGUAUCAAUUAUUAAAAAAAUUGUCUGCUUUACUGUGAUAGCGUUAUACCGUAGACAAAUUCAGCUCGUUUGCUUAAAAUGAAUUAUUAACAAUAAUAAAACUUUUUUUUUCAAUAGAGUUAUUACAUAAUUUAUUAUGAAACCUUAAUGUAACUAUAACCGGAUGAUGUGCUUAAUGCUUUAACGUUAGACCUAAAUGUCAUAAUAAAAAAGGCAUUUUAGGGGAUCUCUUUAAAACGAACUUAUUGUCUUUUAUGCUCAUACAAAAUAUUAUAUUAACACAUAAAAAACAAUGCGUUCGCUUUAACUUACGAAAGGCGUAGAAAUAAAGUAAAAAAAAUAAUAAUAAUACGCCACCUGUUGUCACACUGUGAUUGUUAUCAAUUUAUGACAUAAAUUUAUAAAUUCGCAGAAAUUCUAUGUUAAAUUUCCUUUCAAAGGUUUAAAAUUAUUCCACAGUAUGGCAACGGGAAUCUGAAACUUGCCCGUACAUUUUGUCAUGGGCAAGUUUUCACAAGUGCUCUUAUUCUAGUUCUAAUCUCGUUAAAGCAGGAGAGUGGUUGAAUGGUUGCUAAUGGAAGUAUGUUAAACUAUAAGAUGGUUGGCUAUGGAUAGACUUCAAGAGACCUAGUGCCUAAGGAAUGCUAGAUAAUGUAGAGUACUGCCGAUGACGGUUUAGACUAAACCUAAUUCAUAUACUACAACCAUAAUCAUUUCAAGAGAUAAAAUAAAAAUCAUCAAAGCUGUAGUUGAAUUUAUAAAGAGCAGGGCUUGAAAGAUUAAAAACCUUUUAUUGCUUAGAAAAAUUUCUAGAAUUCGCUAGAUCUAUUUAGCUAUAAUAGAAUCGCCUGUAAAACAGCAAAAUUUCUAUUUACACAGUUUUAAUCAAAAUUAGGAGAUAGAACUAGAACUUUUCUUCGCAAGUUCCAUUCGCCAACUCGCUAAAUCCAUACUUUUUUAGAGACGCACAUUGUUACUCUAAAUAUCCAGCUCAAAAUUUUAGAGUCGUUUUUAAGUGAAUACUUAUUGAAGAGAUUUCAAGCCCUGGUCGCAUUAUCAAAUAUAAUAGUAACGUUCAGUAGCAUUAGCUCUAAACUUAAAAACGGAUCAUUAAUCUUAUACAUAAGUAGAAGAUAGAUUGCUAAAUAUUAGAAAUUUCGGUGUAGCUUAAUUGAUCAUUCGCCAGAAUAGGGUUCACUGUUCCCCUUCCUCGAACAGUCUUGGCUCAGUUGAACCUGCCAUCUUACUAUAAACGCUAACUGCUUAUUAAAAAAAAAACAAUGAAAUUAAAUGAUCGAAACAAAGAAAAAUAGGUUAGGUUUUAAAGAAAAAACGAAAACAAAACCAAAUAGCUCAUAUGUAUAAUGUCGGGUCUUGGUCAUCAUACCAGUAGCAUCUAGGAGAGUCAGUUUUCAAGAGUGUUGUUACUCAAAGCUUUCCGUCUCCAAAAUUAGUUUAAAUAGAAUCAGUUACGCGUCCAAAUAAAAAGUAGCUCCAUCCAAGGAAAUAAGCUAGCAGGUUUCAGACCAUUUUUUUCUGAAGACUUAACUUCUGCCUCUGUCAGUGCUAUUCUAUUUUAACGAAAAAUCCUGGAAAUUGAAAUGGGAACAACUGCUAACGGAGCUGCUGAAAAAAAGGAGCGAAAUGAGAUACUGUUCUUCCAGAAAUAGUUUAGUUGAAAAAUACAAGUAUUAACAUUUUAGAAAUUCUUAGGAAAAAAUAUUUGUAUUUCUUAAAAUCAUUUAUUCCUAAAAGAUCAUAAAAGAAAUAAUAAUUGUAUUUGCAAAUAACAGCCUUUAUUUACAAGAAGUUUGUUUGCUAUCAAAUAUAAUUGAAUCUUAUCAUUUCUAUAAAGAUAAAUAUGUAAAAGAAAACCUUAUAGGAAACAAAAUUACUUAGUUCAAUAUGAAAACAUCUUUACUAUAUAUCCUACUAAUUUCUUGAUAUCUGUGAUAUUUAUAGAGCUGAAUGGGAGCUUUGAAGAAAAUGCAUCUUUGAUAGAUAAUUUAAUCUGCUUUUUACUAAUUAGAUUUAAAAUUAUUAACUUGAUGCACAUAAUUUAGGCUCCGAAUAGCAUAAACUUGUAAUUUAGCGAAUUUCAAAAUGAAUAUACUUGCAUUUUUCAAACCUUUCAUGUAUCGAAGUAAUUGCACAUAGAAAGAAUUAAAGAUUAGAUGCAACAAAAGUAAAGUAUGAUAUUAGAAGGAAGUCUUUAAAAAAAAAAGUAACUAUAGAGGUUUGUUCUUUAUAUAAGAAUAAGAUUGCUUUUCAGGAGAUAUCAAAAGCCUUCAUAAACUAUAUAACUAAAAUUAAUUACCUAGAAAUAUGAGUAUAGUUUAGAACUAUUAAAAUAAAUUAUAUGAAUAAGUAAUGCUGCAAGUUCCGUCCGAUACAAAAAAAUAGUAAAUAAAUUAUUAAAAGUUUUAUUACUAAUAAUAAUAUUGUUAACCUAAAGGUAUUUAAAAUUUAUAUAUUUUUAAUUUCAUUAACUCAAAAAUAAAAGUUAAAAUAAUCAGGUAGGAUUUAGUUAGAAUCGACAGGAAAGUUCCUGAUGAAUUAUAAAAAUAAAACCUUUUAUUCACCUUUCAAAAUAAGAUAAUGUAUGGAGAAUUCUAUGGGUAACAGGCUGACAUUUGAAAGCAACUGAAUAGGCAUUUAUGAAAUUGGGAUUAAACUAUAUCACAUUUUCCAAAAAAUAUUAAUCAUAUCAAUUAACAAUAUACCGUUAACUGAAACUAAAUAUCCGUGUACAAGCCAGUCUAACAGCUAAUAUUAGAAAAAUUAUAAAGACUGCCUAAAUAUCUAAACCUAAAUAUCCUGAAUUGAACAUAAAUAUCUAUUUAAAUUUCUUUCUUAAAGAUUUAUUAUUUUAGCUAUAUACAGAAAAAUAACUAAACCUGCUUGAAUGGCUUUAUAUUAUAAUGGCUAUAGUAUAUUUUCAUAUACUUUGUUAUUUUUUAAAUAUUAGUAACAAGAGCUUCAUUUCUGUUCAGCAGGUCUAAAAUUCAGUUAGUUUCAUGAAAUUAGCCCUAAUACUUAAUUUCAUCAGACGAUAUACCAUCAACUGAUUUUAUUUUGGGGACACAUUUUAAUCCCAAAUUCAUGAAUAAAAAAUGUCAUCCAAUUACUCAUAAAACUGCCUCAUAAAAUUCUACUAUUCAAAUUUAAACUUAUGUUUUUUCUGACUUUAACCCAAACACGGUUGGAAUACCUGUAAAAGUUUUAAAGAAGACGAGUAAGGUGAAAGCUCCAAAAUGAUCAACGAAGCAGGUUGAACCGACCGUCCUGGUGCUAAUUGUUUUGCCACUUGCUUUUGUAUAAGAAAGUUUUGCCACCCUUUACAACUUUGUAAAAGAGCAUAAACUUGUUUGAUUUCUGAGGUUGCAUAUACAAUUAAUUUGUUUUCUUUGCAAAAUGUGAUAUACUUAUGCAAACAUAUCCCAGAGUAUAAAAGAAUAUUCUUUGUGCAUUCUGCAGUUGAUUCCCCUUUGUCUCAGGUUAGGGUAACUGUUUACCCAGCCGUUGCCGCACCAAACCACUCUCCAGGAUUGUAGAAGCGCGCUCAAUAAAGUUAUGUUUCAUUUUA